CGACUAUGUAAAAAGUGAAAAGCGUUUGUACCCUUCGUUUCCUGAUGUUUUCGGUUUUGUGUCUCGGUGUAGUCGACUUAGCAAGUGAUGUAGUGCUUCAUUUCCAGACGGAAAAGAAUGGAGAUUUCCGACUAAAGAACGAGAGAAGGACUGACAUGAAACAUUAUGUGGCCUCUUCAUGUUUCCUCAGCGAAAGAAAAGCAGAAAUUCAGAAGAUUGAGCAUCGAUGCCCUUCCCCAGACAUCGCAGUCGCCCCCAGAGACAAGACGGAUUGUUUUCUUGCGUCUCUUGCGUGAAUAUAGAGGAGCUAGAUCAUGGUAUCUCUAUUGCCCAACGCGUACAAUAGCCGUUUCCUGUAUAGAGGCCUACCAUAGGCCUAACUGGACAUCGUCUGCCUGGUUCGUAUUCGACACCUUUGAGGAUCUUCGUAGAAUUCCAUGUAUGCGACCCUGACUUUUGAGGCAUUCUAAGCCAAUUCAUUUUUCCAAUAAGAUGGAUGGGCCCUUCUGGAUGCAACCAGUGAGUGACCUGCUUUGCCUUCAAGGACAACAGUUCAUUACACCUAAUGCAGUAGGACUGAAGGAUCAUCAACUAUACAUGGGCACUAUCAACAGCAGAAGCAACAUUGCCUUCCCUUCUCAUUCACAAAGCUGGAACAUCAUUCCCCCCAUGUCAGCAGCAUGGAACCUUGUUGGUGACUUUACUGGAAUUAUGAGCCAUCAGCUAAGGGGGACUAGCAGUGCAGUUGAAGCAAAUUUGUUGAGUCUACCUGUGAUCCAAUCUUUGAUGUCUCAGAUGCAAGAACCAUCUCCCAUGACUACAUUUUCUUAUCCUGAGAAUUCUGCAGCAUUGAGAUUUGAAUCCAAGUCCUCCAGUAUGCUAAAUCCUGAAGCUCCCCCAUUCUUCCCUCAACAGUUCAGGACAAGGGAGAGAGCUGAAGAUUCUAGCAUCAGUGAAAGAAGUAAAGAACACAAAGAGACCCCAUUUACAGGAAGAGAAUUGUGCAAGAGUUUUUCUUGGGGGCCUCCAUCAACCCUUGAUGAUAAAUCUGCUGUUUUCAUCACAUCCACCCAUAUUCCACAGAGCAUUCCCCAUGGAAUCCCAAUACCUCCUAAAGUUUCCACUGCAAGUUCUGCUUCUUCUGGGAAGAACAAUUUUUGGUCAAGAACUAUAAGCUCCUCCUCAGAACUAAGUGCCUCAAGUGUUUCUAGUAAUCUAAGUGAUGAGUCAUGGGCCAGCAACAUGUCUCCACCAUCUUCAAGUUUCAAGAUGUGCACAAAUCCUGCCAUUUCAUUCAUCCUGGGAUGUCAUCAUAGUGGAGAUACUAGUAUUGACUCUGAUAGUGAAGAUGAUACUGAGUCCAGAGGACAGGAUGAUGAGGAUGAGGGAUCUACUUCAGCUGAUCUGCUACUUGAACUGGGACACACAUUUGAAGAUGAACCAAAGCCAGAAGGUGCAGAUGUUGAAGUUGUCUUUGCAGAUGCCAAAUCCUGCUCUGCUUCAAGUCAAGAUCCCUCCAGAAGGAAGGUGAAGUUGAAAAUUGAUAUGUUCAAAAUAAAUGUCUAA